AUGGGGCGCAGGACUCGCCAUCCUCCUCCCCCAUUGAAGCAGACCCGCCGUCGCCAACGGCUCAGCUGUGUCGAGUGCACGCGACGCCGCCAGAAAUGCGAUCGCCAGAUUCCCUGCAGUCUCUGCGUCUCCCGCGGCAUCCCCCACCUAUGUCGCUGGGAGCCUCUCGUCCAGCGCCCCGCCCCCCAGCGGCCCCCUGACGGCGCCCCAACCUCGCCCGCCCAGAGCACUAUCGCCGCCCUCACCGCUCGCAUCACCCUCCUCGAGGAGACAAUCACCCGCCAGAACAAACUCAUCUCUGGCCAGCACUCUGAUCGCCUGACCUGGUCUCUCGACGGCGAUACCAUGGUGCCCCCAGAAUGGCGCACAGUCGACACUCCCGACGAGGAAGCCCCGCCCGAACCCUCCGCAGAGGAUCCUGAUUUGUUUUAUUUGCAAUCAUCCGACCCUCCCGGUGACUCCACCGAAGACGGCGGCCCGUGCGAGUCCGACGUACAGCUCGCCGCCGUCGAGAUGGCUCGUCUCACCCUCGCUCCCUCGGACGAGUACAUCGGCACUGGCACGAUCGUCUGUGCGAUCCACAAGCUGGGCAACGUCAACCGAAUCCGCUUUCCGCACGCCGGUGCAGGCUCGGCCCCUCUGAGCAAUCCCAUCCAGCCAGGCGAAUCUUCCAUGUCAGAACCCAUCCGCCGACUCAUCGCCGGCCUGCCCUCCCGCUCCUCCCUCGAGACUCUCAUCGACGGUUUUUUCGCCGAGCGCAAUUUCGUCCUCGGCAUCCCCGAACAGUGGUUCCGCAGCGCAUGCCAGCAAAUGUGGGCCCACCUCGACCUGCGCUGCGUCGGCCCCGCCUGCCACGCCGCCGGUGGCUGCCCCGCUUGUACGCGCGAGAUCAACCCGCACUGGCUGCUGCUCCUCUACAGCGUCAUCACGCUCGCCCCCCGCCGGUUGCUCGGCCCUACCGCGGAGACGUACUUCUGGCGAGCCAUGGACGCCCGCCGUUUGAUCGAAGACGUCGCGCUCUCCUCCCCGACAUACGCGUGGGCGACGAAGCAGAGCAUGUCCCAUGGCGUGACCCUUAGCUGCAUCGCCGCUGCUUGCUACUGCUGCUAUCUGACAGAUCACGGCCGCGUCAGCGACGCCUGGAAGCUUAUAGGCAUGACGAUUCGUAUGGCCCAGGCCGUCGGACUUCACCGCGAUCCAGGAUGGCACAAGUGGGAAGCCAUGGACAAGGUGGAGCGGGAGCUACGCUCGCUGAGCUGGUGGUAUCUGGCAUCCUCCGAUAGGAUAUACUCACUUGUACUCGGGCGGCCUCGCAUGCUCAUCGCCGACUCCUUUGACGUCAAGUUGCUUCCUGGCACACACAACGGAGACGGGUCGGAGAACCCGCACGUGCACUAUCAGCAGUCCUUCAUCAUACUGAUGGAGUUAUUGGAGAAAACUCAGGCAACGCCGUACUCAGCCGUGGAGGAUCUCGAAGCGCAAUAUGACCAUUGGCUCUCCAAAAUGCAUCCAUCUAUCAACUUCCGCAAUCCUGAGCCCUUGAAUCCCAAUCCUACGACCCAACAGCGCAUACUGACAUUGCAACGACACUUGUGUGGCAUAUACUACCACGCCGGUCUCCUCAGCCUCCAUCGCCCAUAUUCCCUCCUCCCCUCCGCCUCCCCGUCUGCAUCGAACAAGCCCGCGGCAGUCAACCCCUCGAACCAGCGCUGCAUCGAGCUCGCGAUAGCGCAGGUCCGCUUCAUCUGCGACGCCGCCGACGAAGCCGCCGCGCUGCGCGAGCCCGAGCCGUCCCCGGUGCACACCCUCUUCUACUACACCUACUUCGCCUUCGACGCCGCGGUCGCGCUGGCCGUCGCGCUCGCGCAGAACCCGCCGCUCGAGCACGGCCGCGAGUACCUCGCGCUCAUCGACCGCGCGAUCAAGCACCUCGAGGACUCCCGCGCCGCGAACGUCGGGUUCGUCAUGCAGGGCGAGAUCGGCAUCGCCGACCGCGCGCUCACGAUCCUCGCCGCGCUCCGCAAGCGCGGUCGCUGGGACGCCCGCUUCGGCGACAGCGCGCCCCGCCCCGACAGCGCCCCGCGCUGGCCCCAGCACCGGCCACGGGCCCCUCCCCGCCGACCCCUCCCAGUUCGGUCUGGGCGGACAGACCCCCGCGCCCGCCUUCGCCCCCUCCUCCUCCAACGCCCCCGCGUCCACCCCGCGCCGGCCCCCACUGCCCGCGGCGGCGUCCGUGCGCGGCCGGGGCCCGCGUCCGUCUUCCCGCUCGCGUUCUCCCCGCCGGGCCUGCACAUCCACGCGUCCUCGGCGCAGCCGCCGCCGCCGCCGCCCGGGGCGUUCCCCUACGGCUCCUUCAUGGCGAACCCGGCCCCGGCCGACUUCGGGCUGCGCUCGCAGCGCGCGGGCGGGCAGCCGCAGCUGCCGAUCAUGCCGUUCGACAUGCUGCAGCACAGCGGGAACCCAGAGAUCGACUGGACGGCGCUCAUGGGCGCGUCGGGGUGGAACGUGAACGUCCCGUUCAUGGGCGAGCGGGGCGUGGGGUCGUAG